AUGAUAUAUAGAAGCGCCAGAUCGCUUCAGUUAUGGAUUGUAACGUUUUGGAGAACAAUAUUUCAAAACGCACAACGAAAUCCCCGGAAAAGAAACAUGGGAAUAUUGUGCUUAUUAUUUACCGUGGCGUAUUUUGCAGUUUAUCGAUCCAAUAAUUGGUACGUAAUAUAUAGAUUUCUACCCGAGGAAAGAGGGAUUUUGCCCGAGAUGAACCAAGAAACGUUGUCUUGCAAAGACUUAUUAAAAACUGCACGACUUCUCGUGGAUGGCGAGCCAAUUAUUUUACCGUUUAAUAAACGAAAAACGUUGUGGGAAUUCAAACAAACUGCCCCAAAAGAAUUAAUUAAAAAGAAUCUUAUAUUUGAGGAAAAUUUGGAAAAAACGAGAAAAUUUUAUAAUGCAAAUUCGAGUGAGAUUAAAGCAAGGACAGUAUUGAUAACUUUUGGUCAUAAUUGUUGUGCAUAUUCAAAACAACGUGCUUUAUACAAGGCGAAGUCUGUCGGGGGGUUUGAUUAUGUCCAUUCGUUUAAUUUGGAUUCAAUGUCACUAAGAUUUCGUGAGACACACAAGGAUGUGCUCAAGACUCUUCGUGGUGCAGGGUAUUGGUUAUGGAAACCUUAUAUUGUGUUAAAAACUUUGCUGGAAAAUAUGAACGAGGGGGACAUUGUCAUGUAUCAGGAUGCAGGGGCAUAUUUCAUAAGAUCUGCAGGACCACUGUUAAAAUUAUGUGAACAAUCGAAAGAUGGUAUAAUUGUGUUCAGUCUUCAAAAAAUUGAACAUGAAUACACAAAACAGGAUACAUUGAUACUUAUGAACAUGAGUUUUCCCGAAGCGGCUGACACGUUUCAACGUUUGGCCUCGUUUGUUGUGUUACGAAAGAGUUGUACAUCUAUCCAGUUUGUAAUGGAAUGGUUAGCUUAUGCAUCUGAUAGACAAAUUGUAUCGGACGACCCUAACACCCUUGGUAUACCUAAUCCAGAAUCAUUUCAUGCUCAUCGACAUGAUCAGUCUGUAAUGUCUCUCCUUUCAAAAAAAUGGGGUUUGCCAGCUUACCGAGAUCCAAGUCAAUAUGGUGAAUCUGUACCAAGAACACGUUACCAUUCAUCUGGGCCGUAUGAACAGAUAUUCUUUCAUGAUAGAUUUAAACAUUAA